GUCGAACGCGGCCCUGUUUCAGCCUGAAGUCUGCGCGCGGCAGGUGUUUCGUCCCCGAGGCGUUUCUUCAGAGAAAGCCACCAAAACGGAGCCGAACGAGGACGACGGACAGCGACCCUCCCUCACUUCAGCAAUCAUGAUGUCGAUGAACAGCAAGCAGCCUUUCAGUAUGCACCCCAUCCUGCACGAGCCCAAGUACACGCCCCUGCACUCCAGCUCCGAGGCCAUCCGCAGGGCCUGUCUGCCCACGCCGUCGCUUCAGGGCAACAUUUUCGCGGGAUUCGAUGAGACGUUGCUGCAGAGGGCCGAAGCUCUGGCCGCCGUGGACAUCGUGGCGCAAAAGAGUCACCCGUUCAAACCCGACGCCACCUACCACACCAUGACCACGAUGACCAGCAUGACCUGCACCCCGACCUCCUCUUCCGCGCACCUGCACCACCCGUCCGUGCUCACCUCCCACCAUCACCACCCGGCGCACCACCAGCCGGCGCAGGGCCUGGAGGGCGACCUGCUGGACCACCUCACGCCGGGCGGCCUGUCGCUGGGGGGCAUGCCGGGCUCAGACAUCUGCUCCACGGCGUCGCACACCGCGCACGCUGCCGCUCACAUGUCGGCCAUCAACCAUAUGCAGCACCACCACCACCAGCAGUCUAUGAACAUGCACCCGCACGGUCUGGGCUCCCACGGCGCACUGGGCACCAGCGGCGCGGACGCGGAGCCGGAUCCCCGCGAGCUGGAGUCUUUCGCCGAGAGGUUCAAACAGAGGCGGAUCAAACUGGGAGUCACGCAGGCGGACGUGGGCGCGGCGUUGGCCAACCUCAAGAUCCCCGGGGUGGGCUGUUUGAGCCAGAGUACCAUUUGCAGGUUCGAGUCCCUCACGCUGUCGCACAACAACAUGGUGGCCCUGAAGCCAAUCCUGGAGGCUUGGCUGGAGGAGGCGGAGCGGGCACAGAGGGAGAAGAUGUCCAAGCCGGAGAUCUUCAACGGCGGGGACAAAAAGCGGAAACGCACAUCCAUCGCGGCCCCGGAGAAGCGCUCCCUGGAGGCGUAUUUCGCCGUGCAGCCGAGGCCCUCGUCGGAGAAGAUCGCGGCCAUAGCCGAGAAGCUGGACUUGAAAAAGAACGUGGUCCGGGUAUGGUUUUGCAAUCAGAGGCAAAAGCAGAAACGGAUGAAGUUUUCUGCGGCGCACUAAAGACCACGUGUCCACUUUAAAGAGGGACAAAAGCGAGCUGCACCGAUAACGUAUACCGGGCCUGGUCCUGUUUGAUUGACACACGGGUCCCUCAACAACUUUUGAUCAUCUUAACAAGUCACCAAGUCUUAACACACCUAUUAAUCAGGUUUUUAUUUCCUGAUUGUGAUUGGACAAAUUGGCUUUUAUAACGCAAUAAAA